ACACACACACACACACACGCACACACACACGCACACGCACACGCGCACACCCCUUCACGGACAGACACAGCACCGACCAGCAGCCAUGGCCGUCCGGAACACGGGCUCUCUGCUCCUUGGACUCGCGCUCCUCCUUCGCACCUGGGGAGUGUGGGCCAUAGAGAUCACCAUGGAGGACAAGGUGGAGGUGCACACUGGGGUUUCCGCUAACAUUAUCUGCACGUUCAUGCCGGAUUUAGGCAGCACCGACAUGGCCAUAAGUUGGUUCUAUUUUGACUUGAAAGGCUCAGGUGAGAAGAAGGAGCUCUACUAUCAGGACCCCACCGUCAGGGAGGUACGGCAGGGCACGCCGCUGACGGACCGCAUCAGCGUGAGUGGUCCUGGAGAACGAGGAGACGUGGUGCUGACUAUCCACAACGUGAGAGUACAGGAUGAACUGGAAUUCAUUUGCGUAGGCAAGCACCUACUUCUGGGUGAAGUGGCGGAGGGACGCACACAACUGAGGGUGUUUGAAACACCAGACAGACCCACCAUCGAAGGUGUCACCACAGGACUCUCAGUCAAUGACAUCAAUAAAGCCAAGAUCGGCGUGUGUGAGGUCAAGAACGGCUACCCCAGGCCCAACAUCACCUGGUACCGCAAUGAAAUGCCUCUUCGCAAUAGCGACGACGUGGAGGUGAUUCCCAGGGUCACUGUUGAGAUGCUGAGUGGUCUCAUCUCUGUUAGUAGCGAGCUGCAUAUGAAGGUAGCGAUGGAGGAUAAAGAUUCCAAGUUCUACUGCGAGGUCAACUACUUUGUUCCUGGGAUGGUGAGGAUGACGGAGACCGACAGGAUUAGCAUCAAUGUGUUAUACCCGUCCACAGUUUUAACCCUGUGGGUGGAGUCGCCAACAAGGAAAAUCAAGGAAGGGGACACGGUUCGGCUUCACUGCGCUGGCAACGGGAAUUCUCUAACCUUGUUUUCAAUUGGGCCUGUAAAUGGUUUUGAGACUGCGGUAGAGGAGCCCUACGUGUUGGUGCUGGAAAAGGUGACCCGUCGGGACGGCGGCCAGUACCAGUGCUCCUCUUUGGACAUAGAAACCUUCGACCAGAUCUCACAAAAGAUCACAGUGGAUGUCAACUAUCUCGAUCCUGCUGAAGUGAUGCCCGGCGACACUAUUGUCCUGGCUCAAGGUGAAGAGAUGAAAGCCACAUGCAACGCCCUCUCAUCUUUACCAACUAUAACAACCUGGUUUAAGGAUGGAGAGGAGGUCUUCCAGGGCCACACUUUGAUGGUGAAAGAGGUGACGCUGGACUCGGCUGGGACGUAUUUGUGCAAAGUGACUGUUCCUGAGAUCGAGGGGAUGGAAACCAGCACCACACUUCAUGCUUAUGUGAAGGGUCCUCCCAGGAUCACCACGGAGCAGGACACGGAGAUAGAGGAGAGCGCCGGGAACUCUGUGGAGCUGCGCUGCGCCGCCAGCGGAUUCCCCUCCAUCAGCAUCACCUGGAGCACGGCCGACGGACAGGUCAUUGGGGAAGCAACGAAAACGGAAAUGGAAACGGGCGGCGGCGCUGAGAGCGCGGUGAGGAUCCAGGUGGACUCUGACAUCACCGUGCUCUGCAACGCCUCCAACGAGUACGGCAGCGACGCGCUGACCUUCAGCAUCAAAGCCAGUAAACAUACCACCCCACCAGCGAAUACACUUACUACCACUAGUACUACCACGACUACUACAAUGUCCACAGAGAGUAUCGGUGGUGUGAUUGCCGUCCUUAUCGUCUACACCCUGCUGCUGGCCGUCCUCGGCAGCAUGUUCUACGUCCUCUGCACAACGGGCAAGAUCUGUGGCCACUCCGGCAAACAAGACCUCACUAAAGACCCGUCGACCAAAGAUGACAUCGUAGUGGAGAUGAAGAGCGACAACACGGAGGAAGCCGUUCUCCUGGGGGUCAACGGGGAGAAACUGCCUCCCGGGGACCAGGUAGACGUCCGGUCCCGUGGCGUCUCUCUCCACUGAGCCUUCCUUCAGAAACAUCCCCGUCACCUCUCUGCAGGACUGCGUCAUGACGUCACCUCUGACACAUUUAUUCAUUGAAAUGUCAAUGAAUAAAUGUAUGCGUUGGCCUGAACUUGAAGUCAUGUGCGAGAUGCGAGUCCAGAAGCGACGCCUUGUAAUGCUCCUCAUAUAAAUGUUCUUCACUGUUGACGCUGAUGACUACUGAGGAGGAGGCGGUGACUCAACAUAUGCAAAAUCAAGUCUGGAGACAAUCAACGACCAGAAUCUCUGUGCAGCUUCAGACUCCUCCUGACUUUCUUCUCUUUCGGUUUUAAGUGCUUUAAUGCGUUUUUAAAUUAGUGACAUUCAAACCAAUUUACCAACAAAGUUAUUGUUUGUAGUUUUUAAAAAUUAUAUCAAAUAGAGUUUGACUGUUCAAUGAUUAAAAAAAGAACGUAUUCAUUUUAAUUGUGUUUUUUAAAUUGAUUCAAAAUCAUAAAUAUAUUAAUUUUAUUUUUAAAACAUUGGAUUUAGGCAAAUUAACAUUUAGCACCAUUUUCCUCUUUUCUUUCUCAGUAUCAUUUUUGCAAUGUUUUUAAACUUGGACAUCACACUUGAUUGGUGCCAAUGUUUAAAGUCAGGCAUUAGCAACUUUAAUUUCAACGUCGUAAAAAUCCUAUGCUCAGCUACUUUCAGCAAUUCUGCAGGAACUGUUUCCCUAGAAACAGCUGCACUGUGUUAUUUGAUACUAAUUACAAGGCGAACAGAGACUGUGCUGCUUACAGUUCAAAUAGAUUUUAAUAAUGGCUUGUUUCCCCAAUGCUGACAUUCAGUCAACACGUCAGGUCAUCUUCAACAAUAGAAAUGUCAGGUUUGUCUACAAACAAGCUUGAAACCAUACAGAGAUCAGAUGGGGCAGCGACCGAAAAGCCUUCAAAUAUUUACUUGGACAAAAAUGCUGUGUUUUGCUAUAACAUGUGGCAGUCUUCUAGGAAAUGCAAUAAUGAAUUACAGCUCUUGCUCCUGCAGAAGUUACUGAACAUGUGUCUUCAGAAGUAUAUCACAGGUUUAUUAGGUUACCUAGGAGUUGAUUUGAUAGACGAGCCGUCCAAUUAGAUUUGGGCUUUUUAAAGCAAUUACCAAAUCCAUUACUGAAGACGUACACUGAAACAAAAGUAAAGUGCUGAACCAAGUUCAUAACAAGCUCCUAUCUGUGUAUAAUGUGUAUAAAUUAUUCUGUAUUAUGCAUUCUGCUUCCAGUAAGCUGUGUCUUUAUCCACUGCUCGUCCCUGCAGACCUUGUUUGUUACUCAUCAAAGCAGAAAAUACUCAAAGUCUCCUUGAUGCGCAUGUAUCCUAUUAGAUGAACCAGUGAAUAAGUAGGAGCAACAAAGCCAACAGUUGAUUUACUUGAGCUGCAUCACUGAGUGCAUGAAUGCCUGAAUGAAUAAAAUGUCCAUCAAGAUGA